AUGAGUGAAGAUAGAGAAACCGGUAAGGAGGCGAGAGAUGUUACGGCGGAGGAGGAAGAUCUUCUCCAUCGAAGCACAAAAAAAGCUAAAGGCCCUGCUAUGAAAGAUAAACCUAUGGAUGAUCACAUGGAAGAGGAGGAUAUCCAGGUGAAUGUGGCUAGCAACGGGGGAAAAAGAAGGAGGAGUCAGGUGAUUCAUCUAACAGGAAGACCUCAUGCUACUGAUAGCGAUGAGGAAGAUUGGGUAGAAAAACUACGUGAGGAAGAGGACGAAGAAGAAGGGGAUGAGGUCUUUGUUACGGUUGAUGGUGAGGAGGAUCCUCUUUGCCCAACGUACUCUUUUCCAAAAGCCUUGCAUUUAGAAGGUUGCAGACCUUGGAGACAGGCAGUGAUUGUGAAACUUCUGCGGAAGAAAGUUGGAGUUAGAUUCUUACUCAAUCGCUUACUGAGAAUGUGGAAUAUCUUAGGCACAUAUGAGUUCAUUGAUCUUGAGAAUGAUUACUUUUUGUUCCGAUUUUCCAAUAAGAAUGAUUACUCUCAUGUUUUGGAGGAUGGUCCUUGGAUCAUAGCUGAUCAUUAUGUGGUAGUUCAACUGUGGCGUCAAUAUUUUAAUCCUUAUGAUGAUGAGAUCAAAAAGCUGGCAGUUUGGAUUCGUAUUCCAGGACUUCCUAUUGAAUUCUAUACCUCUCAUCAUUUGUGGAAUAUAGGUAGUAUUUUUGGUCGCACAUUGAAGAUUGAUAGGAACUCUAUCAGGAAACGUGAUUCUGGUGAAGGUGAUAUUACAGAGAGAGCAAAGUUUGCUAGAAUUUGUGUAGAAGUUGAUCUUAGGAAAGGCUUUUUGUCCAAAUUCCGGAUUGCUGAUCGUAUCUUCCACGUUGGAUAUGAGGGUCUCCACUUAGUUUGUUUUGCUUAUGGAAAGUAUGGGCAUAGAAGGGAUCAGUGUUCCCAUAUUAAUCUUCAACAAGAUAUUACGGCUUAUUCUCCUGAAGUUUCUAAAUCGGUGAUGCAUAAGCAGCCGGAAAAAGAUUCUGUUCCGGCGAAGAAGGAACCGUUUGGGAAUUGGAUGCUGGUGCAGCGUAACCGUCGAUCAAGGAGCAUAGCACAAUCAAAGGAGGAAUCAAAGAGCAUAGCACAAUCAAAGGAGGAAUCAUUACCAUCGGGUAGGAGACAAGUUGAUGUUGUUAAUAAUGCAGCGUUACGUAAUAAGACAGUUUCCAAUUCUCAUCUUAAUCACAGACAGGUCAUUCAAUCAGGUUCAAGAUUUCAAGCUAUUGCUAAGUUGGCUCAAAAGGAUACUAAUAUCUUAAUUAUUUCCGAUUCUCCAGUGAUUGAUUCAAUCAGCAUUGAAUCUGGUCUAACACGAAUUAAUCAUGGGGAAUUAAUUGCUCAUAAUGAAGAACUGUUGGUGAAAAAGGAUAUUCAAAUGAAAAUAGUUUCUCCAUCUGCUAACCUAUCUGCGGGCAAGUCGAGAAAAGAGGUCCAAAGUCAAGGAGUAAAAUUCAAAGAGAACCAAAAGAAGAAAGCAACUGCAUCAUCUGCUAAAGUUCAUCAGCUGAGGAAGACGUCUCAUGUGGUUAAUGAUCAGCAAGGGACUCUUCCUUCUUCUAGUGGCUUGGAUAAUGGAGGUAAACAUGGAAGACCACCAGAUGCUCUUACAGGGGAUGGGGAAAGGAUUUUUUCGCCUCUGAUUCGGGACCUUUCUCAUGGAUACAAUAUUAACGUUAUGGCUUUGUCAGAAACCAGAUUGAGUGGUGUUAUGGCGGAUAGAGCUAUUCGGCGUCUUGGUUUUUCUGGUCACUUUCAUUGGGAUGCUGUUGGUUUUUCUGGCGGUAUUUGGGUGCUUUGGAAUACUGAUGAAGUUUCAGUGGAUGUUCUUUUUUCUCAUCACCAACUUGUUCAUACUAAAAUUUGUUGGGUAAAAGAAAAUAGAGAGGAGUUCAUGACUUUUAUUUAUGCAAGUCCGCGAAGACAGGAACGUAUUCAGCUGUGGGAAAUUCUUUCUUCACUGUUUGAUCAGUCCAUGAGGAAUGCUUCUUUGGGGAUAGCAGGUGAUUUUAACACUUAUUUGUAUAAGUAUGAGAAGCUAGGUGGUAAUGGGCAUAACUGGAAUAGCAUGAGGGAAUUUCAUGAUUGUUUAGAUGAUUGUAGCUUGUCUGACAUUGGCAAUCAAGGUCCUAUUUUCACUUGGCAAAGAAGAAAUCUUCAGGAACGUCUCGAUAGAGUUUGUGCUAAUGAUAAUUGGAAUUUUGUUUUCCCUAACCGUGUGGCUUUCAACUUGCCUUUCUUUGGCUCAGAUCAUCGACCAGUGUUAUUAUGGGAAGGUCAACCUGCUAUUUAUCCGAGAGGGGAGCGUCCUUUCUGUUUUCUAGUGUCCUGGUUAACAAAGAGCACUUUUCAUGAGGUGGUUAAUGGAUGUUGGUCAAACAAUGUAAACUGGAUGCAUGCUAUGGAGACAUUUCAGAUUAAUGCUUCGGAAUGGCAUAGAAAUGUUUAUAGGAUUGCUCUGAAAAGAAAGAAUGAUUUGCAUGCAAGGAUUAGAGGUAUUGAUAAAUGUCUUAGUUAUCAGUACAAUCAUAGCCUUGAGAUGUUGCAAAAGGAUCUAUGGAGGGAACUAGACAAGAUUUAUCUUCAAGAGGAAAUCACUUGGUUUCAAAGAUCGAAAUUGAAUUGGUUUGCUCUUGGAGAUAGGAACUCGCGUUUCUUUCAUUCUGUGACAAUUGCCAGACGUAGGAGGAAUCACAUAGAUACGUUGAAAAACUCGGAGGGAGUUUGGAUUGGUGAUCAGCAGGUUUUAAUGGAAAUGGUUGUUUCCUUCUUUGAAAAUCUGUACACAAAAGAUCCAUUACCUAAAUCGGUUUUUCCAGUUCGUGGCUUUUUUCCAGCUAUUGAAGCGCAUGCUUUAGACACGAUGAGUAUUAUGCCAAACAGUAAGGAGAUCAGAGAUGUAGUCUUCUCUUUUAGUCCAUACAAGUCACCUGGGGAGGAUGGGCUUAAUGCUCUUUUCUUUCAAUUUCAGUGGGAUAAGGAUUUCAGACCUAUUAGCCUUUGUAAUGUUAUUUACAAGAUUGUAACUAAGAUUGUGGCUAAUAGGCUGAAAUCUCAUAUGGCUCACUUGGUUAUGCGUAUCAAUGUGGUUUUAUGGUUAUGCGUAAUCAAUGUGGUUUUAUUAAGGGUAGAAAAAGAGCGGAUAAUAUCAUUGUGGCUCAGGAAAUCAUCCAUUCCAUGA